UAAAUACAACUUUUUAAAAUUUAAUUUGUUUCUAGUCGACCCAUUUUUUCUCUCCUCCAUCCUGCAACCUUUCAGGUUCUAAUCCCGGCCCACCGGCACUUAGGAGGGUUCCGAGUGUAUCUGACUCGGAUCUAACGAUGCCAGAAAUGUCGCAACGUUCUUCAGUUCUCUCACAACAUCAGGUGUCAACACUGUUUCUAUCAUUUACGCCCCGGCUCCGCCUCUACCCAUGGCAUCUAUUAUUCUCUAUUUCAAGAAACGGAUGCAGUUUGGCGAAUCUGUAUUCGAAACUUGAAAACUAUGAUUCUACCCUUCUCCUACUCAUUCUAGAUACAAAAAGAACAGCUUUCGGGGCCUUACUCUCCCCUCCUAAUAUCAAGCUACAGGGUAAAAAAUAUUCCGGAACUCCAGAGACGUUUCUUUUCACAUUCUCUCCUAAACUAAGAAAAUUCGCAGCAUCUGGUGAAAACAAUUACUUUAUCCAAUGUAUGCCGGAUGGUCUAUCAAUUGGUGGCUGGCGAGCUGGAAUAUGGAUUGAUAAUAAUCUAGAAAAGGGAACAACUGAUGUGUCCCCUACUUUUGAAAAUACUGCCCUGACAGACAAUAACUUUGUUAUUAAAGAGAUGGAGUGCUGGGCUCUCUCAGAUAUGGAGAUGGAAUCUGGAUACAAUACCGCUGUUCCUAUUUAUCAUCAGUUCUCAUCUUCCCUACUAGCAUCAAAGAAACCGGAAAUAGAGGUUGGAGGAGUACGAUGUGGAAGGCGGAGUAGAAAGUACCAACCCACCUGGGUUCCAGAGAAAGGCGGAGCAGUUUAUGAUAAUAAACGAAUAUUCAGUUUAGGAGAAGAUGAAGAAGAUGAAGGAUUAGAGGAUGAAUACGAGGUUGAUCAAGAUACUACACCCACUAGCUCCCGAGGCUGGAGCUCAAUGUACUAUUAGCGGAUUUUCAUAUUUUCAAUUUCGUGGAUUUUUACAAACAGUCGUGAAUUUUCAUGUUACAUUUUCAGAAUUUAAAGGAAUCUUAACAAUGACGAAUUUGGCCAAUAUAGCAGAGCUGUAUGUUUAUGAGUCCAAUUAAAAUUGUUUCUUUCAGAGGAACUGAUUUCUGUACUUCCCUCGCUUACCUGUAUAUGCUCAUAAAUUAUA